AGUUUAAAUACUAUACUUUAUCUGCAGCUGACUUGAACAAUGGUGUUGCAAGGAAGGAAUCAUUGACUAAAGAAGUAACCCGGAUAUGGGUCAAUGAGGAUAUUAAAAUGCGAAGCUUUUCUCCAACUCCAAAAUUACCUCUGAAAGAAGAGGAGGAGCCUGAGGAGGAAGAUGAUGAUGAAUUGGGCCAUGCGGACACAUAUGCUGAAUAUAUGCCAAUGAAAUUGAAAGUUGGCUUGCGCCAUCCCGAUCCAGUUGUGGAGACCAGUUCUUUGUCCAGUGUAAUGCCACCUGAUGUAUGGUAUCGACUAACUGUACAAGAAGAGACUAUUGAUAGUGGUUGGCUUUCUGCUUUGCAGCUGGAAGCCAUCACCUAUGCUUCUCAGCAACAUGAAACAUUCCUCCCCAAUGGGGAUCGUGCAGCCUUUCUGAUAGGGGACGGUGCUGGUGUCGGUAAAGGGCGAACAAUUGCUGGCAUUAUUUUUGAGAAUUACCUUCUUGGUAGAAAACGAUCACUAUGGUUUAGUGUAUCCAAUGACUUAAAGUAUGAUGCUGAACGGGACCUGCGGGACAUUGGAGCAAAAAAUAUCCAGGUUCAUGCGCUGAAUAAGUUCAAAUAUGGAAAAAUAUCUUCGAAACAAAAUGGAAGUGUGAAGAAAGGUGUAAUUUUUGCAACAUACUCUUCUCUAAUUGGCGAAAGUCAAUCGGGUGGAAAAUAUACAACCAGGUUAAAACAACUUCUGCACUGGUGUGGUGAAGAUUUUGAUGGAGUAAUUGUUUUUGAUGAAUGCCACAAAGCUAAAAACUUGUCUCCAGUUGGUUCCUCAAAACCCACCAAAACAGGUUUGGCUGUGCUGGAAUUACAGAACAAAUUGCCAAAGGCGAGGGUGGUGUAUGCUAGUGCUACAGGUGCAUCGGAACCACGAAACAUGGCUUAUAUGAAUCGACUUGGAAUCUGGGGUGAAGGUACACCCUUCAAAGAAUUCAAUGAUUUUAUUCAAGCUGUGGAAAGGAGAGGUGUUGGGGCAAUGGAGAUUGUUGCUAUGGAUAUGAAGCUAAGAGGAAUGUAUAUAGCAAGACAGCUGAGCUUUUCUGGAGUAACCUUCAAAAUUGAAGAAGUUCCCCUCAGUCAAGAUUAUAUCAAGAUGUAUAAUAAAGCAGUUAAACUGUGGGUGGAGGCCAGGGAGAAAUUUCAGAUGUCGGCUGAGCUGAUUGAUGCAGAGCAACGGAUGAAAAAAUCCAUGUGGGGACAGUUCUGGUCAGCACACCAGAGAUUCUUCAAAUACCUUUGCAUUGCAUCCAAAGUUAAAAGAAUAGUACAACUGGCCCGAGAAGAGAUCAAAAAUGGAAAGUGCGUGGUUAUUGGUCUGCAAUCUACUGGAGAAGCAAGAACUCUUGAAGCUCUGGAGGAGGGUGGUGGUGAACUGAAUGAUUUUGUUUCAACUGCUAAAGGAGUCCUUCAGUCUUUGAUUGAGAAACACUUCCCAGCACCUGACAGAAAGAAGCUGUACAGUUUGUUGGGGAUAGAUAUGACUGCGUCCAGUAAUCAUGACUCUCCCACUGACAGUCCAUCAAGACAGAGCAAGGGAAAAAAGCGAAGAGCUAAUGAGGACAAAAGGGAAGCAAAAAAACCUCGUAAGAGCAAAGGACUUGCUGGCAGCAGCUCUUCAGAGAGCGAGUCUGAAGCAUCUGAAAGUGAAGGCAGCGAUGAAGAAAGUUUUCUGUCUGUCAGUUCUGGCGAUGAUGACUUUAACCCUUUUAGAGAUGAAUCUUCGAAUGAAGAAGAUGAUCCUUGGUUAGUGAGGAAGGAUCGCAAGAAAGACAAAGACAAGAAGAAGAAAAAGAAAAGUAUUGAUCCCGAUUCUAUCCAAAGUGCCUUACUAGCAUCUGGCCUUGGAUCAAAAAAACCUAGUUUCUCCACCACCACAAUCAGUAGUAGCACAACGAACAAUGCAAUUCCUUCAGGUAACAGCAGCCAUAGUAUUGUAG